GUUGCAGAGUUAAACACUACUUUACCAUUUGGAGUCUCUCUCGUUCCUUUUCCUCAUCAAAGUCGCUCCCGAUUUCUCGCUCUGUCACUCUAUCCAUUCAUUGCUCGAUCUUAUCUUACAGGUCUCUCCUAAGAUUCAACACCCAGAUUCAAAGAAUUUGUUUCGUACCAAAUUAGGAUCUGCAUCCCCAAAUUUUGCUGCUUCUCUUCUUCUACUUUGGUUUCUGCAACAAAUUCCAGCUUUUCUAAUCUCUUGUUUCAUCUGUUGAUUUUACGCGAAGUUUUCCGUCAAUCUCGUGUCUGUGUUUUUCCCAUUAGUUGAAUUUGGUAACUGUGUGUCAAUGGCUGCGCCUACGAACAGUGGAGAGUGGGACAAGGCUAUUGAAGAUUUCUGCUUGAGUUUGUCGCCCUUACUUUCCCCUAGGUGGUCGCCGCCACGGGCUUUUCUACCCUCGUCCAAUUCAAUGGGUAAUCAAUCCAUGGACAAUCCGCCACAAAAUCAAGAGCACGACGACAUCGUCGACCCGCCACCGUACUUGGCCGGAGACAGGGCGCUGUUGCAGCAGCAGCUACGUAAGAACUGGAGCGAGGCGUCCUCAGAUUGGAGGCCAAGAGGAGGGGGAAUUAUGACGAUGAACAAUCAGGGCUUUGAAGAAUCGAAUAUGGGUUUCUAUUUCCCUCCGUCGCCCACAUAUUUCCCAUAUUUCCCUCUGUAUCCGCCGAUGCCAACUAUUUUUUACGUUUCUAGUCAACAGGACAUAAGCUUGGCAUUGUCUUUUCUGCACAUACUUGAGGACAAGAGCGGUGCGUUGCAUGUGAUCAAGGGGGAGGAAGGCCGAGACAUCCUCGGACUGCUUUUCGACGGCUUUGAGUCUUACGUGGAUAACAAGUUCGAUGAUUUUGGUCAAAUAGCAAGGGCGGCGGGCGUGUUGCCCAAAGGCGUGGAGUCGUUGGUGGAUAAGAUAAACGAUGAGGACAUGGAUGAGAAGGAAGUGACAUUAAGGCGGAUUAACUGGUUGGAACAACACGACGAGGCCAUCAUUGGCCAGCCGGUCUACGAACUAGUGGCUGUGGUGCAGCAACUAAUUCAGAACAGGGGCGGUGAGUUGGAUGUGAUCUUUGGAGAGGCAGCUGUAACGGUCAACGGGUUGGAAAUCAAAGACAUUCAAGGCUUGCCUACGACUCCGGAAACAUUGCUUAUUUGUCAGGCCAAGGUCUCCUUCAGAGUGUGGCUGGGACACGGCGGCCAAUGCGCGGCCGAGACUCGUAUAAGGUGUAAUCGCCUCAACAUUGGCAGUUUCACAACCGUGGAGGGUGCCAUCUCAGCUUACGAGGUGGUAGGAAGGUGGAGUGGAUGGAUGGAUCUUACGGGCUUCCCUGGCCUCUUUGAAAAUGAAAACAGACCAAAACUGCCGCUGCAGUUGCCACUUACAGCACAAGAAUUGAACCCAGUUGAGGUAGUUGGAACUGGUAGUGAGGGAUUAGGGGAUUGUUCAAUGGCAGAUCAAGCUAAGUUGGAUUCCAGGUGUUUGGGAAAAAGGAAAACAAAGGAAAAGAACCCAGGGGGAGAGAAAAGAAGCAAGAAAAAAAAUGGAGUUAGAAUAGCCACUCCUCUUGAGGAUAUCUUACAAACCAAGGAAAUGAGUCUUAAAGAUGCUGCAAAUCAUCUCGGAGUUAGCCAAUCUUCACUGAAGUAUGCUUGUCGGGAGUAUGGUAUCCCCAGAUGGCCACCUCGCAAGCUUAUCACUCAAUCUCACCCCACCGAAACUCCCGCGCUUGUUGAUCAAGAGGGAAUCCCACAAUCGAAUUCUGAUACUUUGCCUUCUGAUCAAGCCUUGGCGGCUACUAUUGAGAAAAUCACUAGUGUCAUUGUAAAAGAAAUUCUGCCUCCGCCGUUUUUGCCGAUAGCUCGACAAGAGAGGCUAGAUGAGGAUUUUUGCAAUGUUGAAUCUGAGGCAGUUGGAAUCGGGAGUGGUGGGGGAACAGGGCAAAGUGAAAUGGAAGAGGGUCAGCUCAAUUCCAGGUAUUUGGGAAAAGAGAAAAAGAAGGAAAUGACCCAAAGAGGAGAGAGAAGAAAAAAGGAAACUGGUGGAGUUAGAAUUGUAAUUUCUUUGGAAGAGAUCUUACAGACUAAGGAAAUGCCUCUUAAAGAUGCUGCAAAGCAUAUUAAAGAGCCAAACAUGCUCCGACCAUGCUCUGUAUGGGAGCAUCAACAUGGAGACCUGAAUUUUCCCAUAUUUGAAGACCCAACACAAAUAUGGUUACAUUAACUUUAGCGGAAGACUCUUUAAAAAUAUACCCAGUUGAUUGAGGACGUAUGUUGAGUAUUUGUAAGUUAUGGUGACUUUUAAUUAAAAGAGGGUUUUGUUUCAAGUAUUUCAUGCGAUUUUUUAGAGGUAUAAAUGUUCGUAAGUAUGAUAUCUCAAAGAUGAAACGAACCGUGGUUCAAAACUGUAACCAAAUCAUAGUCAAAUAUUUUGAAUUGGUCCAGUUCGUCAUUAUAGGUUUGGGUUUUCGAAAUAUUCAAUUUUUAUCUAUUGAUUUGGUUUCUAAUUUAGCACACAACGGACUAACCGGCAAUGUUCACCCCUGAAAAAUGGAGAUUCAUUCUCCAUUUAUAUGAGAAACGUGUAUAACCUAGUCUAUGUAUUUCUAAUCUAUCUAAAAUAUAGGUACCAUUAAAAAAGUGUAGUAAGUACUUUUUUUAUCAAGUGUAGUAAUAACUUUGAAAUUGAUAUCAAUAUCUCAUAUACAUCUCAGAAGGGAAUUUGAGUUGCGAAAAUGAAAGGAUAGAAUCUUUAAAAGGUAGAUAGGCGCAAGAUGUGACUAAAUUUUGAAGUCUGCAAAAUGGGGAUGUAGAGUGAAGUUUCCAAGUAGAAGAAUUUUGAGCUUUUGGCUUUCUCAUUU